CAACAGCGUGCGGAACGUGAAAAUCAGUCUUCUACAGUCCUUCGUCGAGAACGGUCGCAGCAGGCGGGAAAGCGCCUGUAUCACCCCACAAGCCUACUUGGUUAGUCACGUGCGCGAAUUCGCUGUUGUGGAAGAAGAACGAAAACGCGCGCGCCGGAAAACAAGUGAAAGUAAAGCCGAGGGAAAUUAUAAUUGCGAAACUUAUUCCGCUUCCGCCACGUUGUGUGCGUGUAAUUUAGUGCGAAUUUAUGAUGUUAAUUAAGAUCGUGCCCGUUUGGCAGAGUGGGAAAAGUUGAUGAUAACGGCAUAGUCGUUGUCCUUUGUCGAGGGAAGAAAAAAAAAAGUCAAGUGUGCGGAAAAAGGAAAACUCAACUAAGAGGAAAAGCUCGUUAAAAUUAUCCCAAAACGAACAUAAAGUGCGUGGAAAAUCGACCUGUCAGUAGAGAGAAGAAAAAAAAUCACCCAGGGUACCCGGGUAUCAAACUGAGAUUUUAUCGUUCGGUGCGGCCCCCAAACGUGUUUUGUGUAGUCCGGGAAAGUUGGCGCGAAAAUUUAUCCAAACCGUGGAGCAACAAGAAAACCAUCAAUUAUUAACCCUCAUCCAUCCGGUUAAAGGCUGACGAAGGCACGUGUCGUGUUUUCCACACCUCCGCGUCAGAAUGCUUCGCUUUGGAUUAUUGAAGUACAAGAAGCUGAACAGUAGCAGCAGCAGCAGCAGUAGUGUAGGAGAUGGUGAGGUCAUGCGCUGCGGCGAGGGGGCCACUUUGAGUCCUUGGGACGAUAAUGGCAAUCAGCAGCAACCACAGACGUUGACACCUGUGCACCGGCACCACCACCACCAGAUUCACAAUCAGCUGAAUGGGAGCACGAUGAAAAAUAUCAACACCCUCGCCAUGGACUCGCCAGCCAAAAAGAGUGCCAAAAAAGCACCCUCCUCCGAAGACCAGCCUCAAUCCACCGGUCCCCGGUCCAUUCUGGUGCUGGCCACUUCAUCGCCCAGCCAUAAUUACAAACCGCUGAACCCGACCAAAGUCUCCACCCCCGGCAAGAAACGCCCUUCGACGACGGCCGCCACAGCCCUCAACUGCAAGGCUCGCAUCUACAAGUGCAUCAAGCGAAUCCUCAAGAGGAACAACUUUUCCAAAGAGCAACACAAAGUUCACCCGCAGCAACAGCAGAAUCAGCAGAAUCAGCUUCAGCAGGUGCAAGAUAAAUCAAAAGUGGUCGACUAUCGGGAGAUUAAAAGUUUGCUGGAGAAGGAAAAGCCCUCACUGGACUACGAUGUGAACCUGGCCAAAUGUGUGGACAAACCCGCGCUGAUCAAGAAAAUCGCCCUGAAUUUACUGAAAUCAGCGGAAGACGACAACCGUUGCCUGGUGAUUGCCCCCGAGCGCCCAUCGGAGACCACAUCCAUCCAGAGCGAUCUCACCCAGGAAGCCGAAUACCAACGGCUGUGCGCCGAAUCCUGGUUCCACGAAAACCUACCGCGCGCCCUGUCCCUGGACCUGCUCAUCAACCAGACGCCCGGCAGCUUCAUCGUUCGCCGGAGCACCACCAAACAAGACUGUUACGCCCUUUCGCUGCGGGUCCCUCCGCCGGGGCCAAAGAUAGCGCACUACCUCAUCGUGCGGACGGCCAGCGACGCCUACCAGAUCAAAGGAUUCCACAAGGAGUUCAGUUCCCUGCAGGCCCUCAUCGUGCACCACUCGGUAAUGCCGGAGGCGCUUCCAGUUCCGCUAGCCGUCCCACGACCCACCAAUCUGGCUGUGAAAACCAAAUGCGAGGACGAUUACGACACGGUUUACGAUCUCGCACCGGAAACGGAAACGACACUCGCCUAGAACAUCCCACAUGGACCACAAAGUAAUCUUGCCGCAUGUGCUCAAAACAUCCCCAUCCAUUCUCAAUACAAUCCCUCUGUAAUUGGACGUUGAGGAACUUUUACCAAAAAACCUUACUGUUACCUAUAUUGUGUAAGCUAUUAUUACCUUUACAUAGAGCAAUAUAAAUUAUUUAAAAAGA